AUGAACGACACGCAGAUUCAGGAGCUCCAGGAGACGUUCAACAUCUUUGACAGCAAGGGCGACGGGAUGAUUGCGGUGAAGCAGGUGGGCGACGUCCUCCGGGCGAUGGGCCAGAACCCCACCGAGGCGGACAUUGCCAAGUGCCUCAGCGGCACGGCCCAGGAGGAGGCGGGGCCGGAGGGCCGCCUCAGCUGGGAGACCUUUCUGCCCAUCCUGCAGUCGGUCAACAAGGGCAAGGACAAGUACUCGGUGGAGGACAUCGCCGAGGGGAUGCGCCACUUUGACAACGAGGGAAAUGGCUUCAUCAAGGCCGCCGACCUGCGCCACCUGCUGACCGCCCUCGGCGAGAAGCUGACCGAGGACGAGGUGGAGCAGCUGAUGGACGGCGUGACGGUGGAUGACGAGGGCAAGGUCAACUACGAGAACUUUAUCAGGCAGAUUAUGAAUGGCUGA